CAUACACGUCUGCUCUACCUUGCAAUGCGCGUUCUGUUCCUGAGCUCUACCAAAGCUCGUGCCAUUGACAAAAGCAAAAUCUUCCCUUGUUUCAAACCAAGAUGACCGAGUGAUCAGAUAUAUCCUUGCCUGGGACUGGGUUUCUUGGUGGCAAUUUUUCUAUUCUCUGCAAGUGUUCUUCGCUCCUCCCCGGCUUGAUUCGCCCUUGGCGCUUCUAGGAGGGAGUGGAGAAAUCUGUGCCCCAUGGGUUAGAUAUAUGUUUAUCCCGGUCUUCUUCUGCUAGUAUUAGUUUUCCGUCAAGAAGUUCAACAUGCCCACACUGUAUGUGAAGGAUUUUGAUGACGCCGUCAGACAAGUGGUUGAUCUUUUGUGUGAAAGCGAUGGUACUGCAGAAGGCAACAUUAAAACAUUCUUGCUUUGUGGUUGGUUCGGCAAGAGUGCUGGUCGGGCAUUGGCAGGACAUGCUGUUCUUAGAGCUAUAGCGAAACUUCUAAAAUCCACAAUAUGUGAUGAUUCUGACAUGAGAAAGAACUUUGACAGAAUUAUCCAUGUGGACUGCUCCCUGUGGAAAAGCAGCAGGACCAUGCAGAGGACAAUAGCAGAGGAGUUGAACCUUCGCCAUGUAAUGCACAUAUUUGAUAAGGAGGAUGAAGAUGAUGAUUUCAGAGGAGUAGACAACAGCUCUAGAAAAGCGAUACCAAGGAUCGCAAGUUUGAUUAAUAAGUCUCUAAGAGAUGAAAGAUUUCUGAUGAUUUAUCAUCAUGGAGGAGAUGAACAUAUUGAUCUGGUAGAGUGUGGCAUUCCUCUUUAUGGUGAAGGUAAAUUGUUAUGUACCUAUGGUGGAAGAUUUUUGAAGACCAAGUGGAGAGAAUUCAAGUUGAUGCACACUUCUACUGAUAUUUUUAUUUAUGUGACGGCAUAUUCUACAAAUAGUGCAUCACAUAUUGAAAAUGUAUUGCACAAAGAAGCUGCUGGAGUGAUUGGUGACACCGGUAUUGAUGGCAUCAACACAGAAACAGUUUUGGAUUGCUUCUUGUACUCAUUAUUCCUAACAACACGACUACCUGAAAACUUUACUGGUGUUGACUAUGGUUGGGCGACUCAUGCCUGUAACUACUGGAUAUGUGAUGGAAUCCUUGGUGAGGACAAACCAUGGGAGAUUGGCAGUACAUUGUAUCAUGUGAUACCAAUGUUGGGCAAUUCUACUUACGAAACAAGACACAUGGCAUCCUAUUUGGAUGGACAGAAAAAACCCUAUGUAGGUUGGUAUUCAGUCACCUCCAACAAACUAAGGGCAGAAGAUAUCUCUAAUGUUCCUGGCAGUGCAUCAUCAUAUUUCUUAACAUUUCAGGGAGAUGAUCCUGUAUAUGUACGUAAUGAUUUGUUUCAACUAGCCAGCAACAACCUCCGUGUGCUAAAGCUCUACAACUGCAGCUUCAAUUUUGCAUCUCCUCCUUUUCAGUGCUGCCACAACCUAAGAUUCCUUUGGCUUGACCAUUGUGCAAACACUGGGAAGGAGGAGCAAAGUGGAGGGCCAAGUUUUCCGUACCUGCUGGUGCUUGACUUACGUUUCACAGAGUAUGUUUUCUUGCCUCGGAUGAUUGAACUGAUGACCAAUCUCAGGGAGCUAAAUACAAGGGGGGUCUCGUGGAAGACUCUAAGUCAUGCAUGGAAAAAGCUACAGAAGCUUCAGAAGCUCCGAUUAACAGAAUCUUCAGAUGUGGUCACGGUGGACAGUUGCUCUCCGGUAGAUAUGAUGAACCUGGAGCUGCUUGACUUGUCACGAAACACUCACCUGGAAUCAUUGCCAACAUUAUCAUCGGCAAGAAGCCUGAAGACGCUUAUUCUUGAUGGUUGUUCCAGCUUGGAGCAAGUUGCCCUGCAAGGAGCUCCUCCACUGCUUGAAAGUUUUAGCUUCGAUGGUUAUGGCCCAGCAGAGAAUUGGACACAUUCGAUACACCUGCCACAAAAGGAAUUGCGCCUCAAGUCUCCUUUAGCUCCGGUUGAAAUAGUCAAGGUGACAAAGAUCUCCCUACACGGUUGUGGUCGAUUGCAUAACAUAUUCCUUCGUGGACUGCCAAAUCUGGAGGAACUGAACCUCUCUGGUACAGCCAUUAAAAUACUUGACCUCCGAGCAAUGGAUGUCCCGAAACUCAAGAAGUUAUUUCUGCUGGGCUGUGAGCAGCUUCGCAGACUAAUUUUGCAUGGAUCACCUAGAUUGAAAGUGCUCCAUGUGGACACACAGAGGAAGAUUAGAUCAAUGAUCUGCUGUGGAGAACAGGGAUCCUUUGACAUUGAGGUAUGUAUUGCUUUUACGGAUGGAAGAUUCAUUUGGUCAUCUGCAAAGGGACUCGUUUUCCAGACAGAAAACCUUCUCUCCAAGGUGUACCUCCUUAUCUCUUGUAUGAGCAGUAGCCAAGCCAACAUCACCAAAAGUAUCAAGAAGAUUGGAUCUAGCCGACAGGGUUUGGUUCCAACAAGGCCGUUAUUACCGUAUAAUGAUAUUGCCAUGGCUAAAGAUGUUACAUGCUCGCUCUUGGUGUGGAACUGUCAACAGCUCCAAACUUUGAACGUGCAUAUCGAGAUUGGUAAAGGAAGCUAUAAUUUAGAGAGUAUGCAAGAUGAAGGGGAUUUCACAAGUUUCGCAGCUUUUGUCGUUGAAUCAUUGCAUGUGCAUGACAAUUGCUCCAUCACUGCUAUCCCCCCAACGAAUGGGUCACACUGGCAGAGACUAAAAUGGUGUCAUGUUGAGAGGUGCCCCAAGCUACACUCUGUGUUUCCAUCUCGGUAUAGAACAUACAACUUUCAGCGUAUAAACACAUUUUCAGCUUCUGAUCUCCUAGUGGCCUAUUGCAUCUGGGGAGGCAUCAAGAAAUCUUGGGAUGACCACACACACCAUAGUCUCCAACAACUGCAGCACAUAUACCUGUACAAUUGCCAAAGGCUGGUGUUCGUCCUCCCCAUUUCCUUCACCUUGCCCAACUUGGAGACCCUCCAGAUCGCAUACUGCAGUAACCUCCGGCAUGUUUUCCCAUGGGACCACGAGUACACUGAGGAAAUAGCAUCUGGUUUCACAUUCGACAACCUGAAGCACAUCAAGCUACACCAUCUUCACAAGCUGGAGCAGAUAUGUGAGGUCAAAUUGACUGCACCUGCGUUGCAGUCAGUCGGCAUCAGGGACUGUUGGGGUCUCAGGUGUCUCCCGGCUGUAACACGUCAAGGUCCUAAGCCGGUGGUGGACUGCGAGAAGGACUUGUGGGACAAGCUCAAAUGGGAUGGCUUGAGGGCUGGACAUCACCCGUCGCUGUUCGAAACGCGCCACUCAGCCUACUACAAGAAGACCCUCCCGAGGGGCUCCUACCUAAGGUGAUCUGUUGUUGCUCUGCUCUACGACACAAGGAAUUGGUCUAUGUGAAGCAUCAGUUUGUUGCUGUUACGAGUCAUCGCCUCACGUCUCCGAGGUGUUUCUCCAGUCGUAUGUGUGUUUGCAAAUUAAGUGUGUCCGUGCUGCUGCUGCUACUUCCACGGUGAAUAAAGUGUGUGUUUCCUUUCUCACUGAGCUGCCUUGAUCUUGGUAUGCUGGAUUGGAUUGGUGUGUUUCCUUUCCACCAAGCUGCCUUGAUCUCGUUAUGCUUGAUUGGAUUGAUGUGGUGUGCUGCUACUUCGACUUCGAGUGUUGGCUUUCCACGGCUUGGUGUGCUGUUCACAACCCUGCUACUUUGUGUUGGUUUGCUGUCUGUUUGUAAUAAGAGGGUGUGCGUGCAUCGGUGCGCGUAAACCCGGUGUGGUGUGCGACUGAUGAACCUGAAAUUCAGCUUGGUUUGAUGUAUGUUUGCUUGACGAAACAAUAUAUCGUAUCAUUGUGAUGAGUUGUGUGA